AUGUCGAAUCUGAAUGAACAGGCACAAGCAGCCCAGUUUCAAGAACAUAAGCCGGGGCCUGUGCCGAGUGCUACGGACGGAGGAGACACAUCGGGCCUGACCCUAGCUGAAAGAGAGGAGCGUGAACUUCAACAAGCGGUGGCCAUGUCAUUGAAUCAGAAUCUUGGACACCAGGAGUCAGGGAUCACGAGCAUCAGCCAAACGAAUUUCAGCAAAGCAACGCGGGAUCAUUACGACGAAGGUGCCUGGGCGAUGACUCUCUUCAAUUCGAGUGCGCAAGAGAUUGUCAUCAGUCCAGAUCCAGCAGACCGCAGAAGGAUACCCGAUGAGCCCGCAUUUUUGCGCCCAUCCCAUGAUAAUUUGUAUCUGGGUGGUUUAUUGACGAUUCUGCAUUCCAUUCCUUUGGCAAGAGAGGCACUAUUACUCCGAAAAAAAUUACUUCCGAACUAUGGUCAUGACCCGCAAUGGUGGAAUGGGCAACCCAUCAACUUGCCGAAGAUAGUUACUGUGCAAGAUGUACAAGACGGCAACACUGACUGGGACGACAUCAUUCACGAAACACAGAGAUUGAUGGCAUUUUUGGAUUCGACAAGUCGCGCUUUCGGAAGUGCGGAUGCGCUCUCAACUUUGAAAAUAAUGUCUUCGUACGAUGCUGAAACCAACAUCAGUAGAUACUUGGAAUCGUGGCAAGAAUCUGCAGUCCGUGCAGAUCCUGGAAACCAACUGGCUACUGUAUUUUUGUCAAAUGCAUAUAAGCGCCCUCUUACGGUCUAUGAUACGCCAAUCCAGAAGGAAUUCUUUACCCUCGAUCCCUACGUGGAGCCGAACCAUGGCCAGACCCUCUAUGAUGUUUUAGAUCGCACUGUCUGGUCAGACAGACCAGGGGAAGAGUUGGAUGAUGUGUGGCUGGAACAUGUCGCGGAAAUUCUCACGAUCAAAUUGGAGAGCUCCGACCCGGCAAAGUCCGUGGAUGUGCAAAUCCCUGCGGUCUUCUACCCAGAUCGGUACCUUGCCAGUUGCCGGGACAGAGCGCGCGAUUUUCGCGCGCGGAGACUGCAGGUCUACGACGAGAUCUCCAAAUUGGAGAAGUUGAUGAAUCGCUUCUCGAUUUCGAAAUCAGUCUUCCACAAGGGCCUCGGGUUAAGAGAUAUACUGGAGAAAGCUGCCGUUGCUACAUCAUUGACCCUGCCCAAGAGCGUUGCGAAUGGAGCAAGCGAACUAGCUCUGACCCCUGAAGCAGCAGAGGCAGAAGCGCAAAGGUUAGCGACUGAAUUGAGAAGCCUCUCAAGCAGGAUUGAAGGCAAGCUUCAAGAGCUGGAGGAUAAGAAGCAGAAAGCUGUCGAGACACUUCGAAGCUAUUCUAAAUUUCUUACCGAGCCUUCAGACUCACCUACGGAGUCGCCGCAUCACAGAUACACCUUGCGAGGCGUCUGUACCGAGCCACAUAUAAUCUAUGUCCUCAGGCCCGCAACCUUAAGCGAUACGGGAAUAGCCACACAGAAUGGCCCUACCGCCGAUGAUAACUGGCAGUGGUGGCGAAUCAGCUUUUCCACGGAGGACGCAAAGGCCCGCCAGGCAGAGUUGAAUCAGGCCGGGAGAUCUGCUCCCAAUAAUGCCGAUGUCGUCGGAUACACUGCGCAUAAGGUUCGAGAGGUGGAAGUUCUCCGUGCUGCUCGCGAAGAGUCUAAGAAUGUUCUCCUUGUCUAUGCUAAUGCCAAUGCGAUGAGCGUUCGGGUCGACCCAGUGCCGUCGGAACUUCAGGCCUUUGUGGAUGCAGAUAAUCAGGCAUUCGAAGCAGAGUUCAAAGAAGCCUACGCUGAAGGCCUGGCCGGAAAUCAAGUAUCAGACACAGAUAUCGCCAUAGAUCAUGGCAGAUCUUCUGCUAUUGAACCACAAAAUCAAGAGACUGCUGAUCGGCAAGUGAACGUCUUCGACUAUGAGAUCCCAUCUUUAGAUGAUGGCACGGAGCCAGGGCAGGAGAUGCAGGAAAGGGGGGGAUCCGGCUUACUGAGCGCAGCUGGCGCUAUACAACCAUCUCAAUCCAUGGACUCGGCAUGA